AUUCCUAGUAGAUGACUGCACUGGAUAUUAGGGGCAUGCUAUUUAGGUGAGGGGGAAGUGUAACUACUUUCUAUGACUCCUGUGUAACAGGCAGAAGAAACUCCCCUUCCUCUCCCUGCUCAGCAGCUGACAAGAAAGGAGCAGCCCAGACACAACACAGCGCAGUGCUGGAGCUGGCAGUGCAGCGGAGUCUCUGGCUGGGUGCUCAUUGCUGGGAGCAGGGCUCCCCACCACCAGGUGAGUGCCUUAUCCUCUGCAGACUGCUGUGCUGGAGCCUCUCCUGUCACUGCCAAUGCUGAUCUAUGUGCCCAUGGCUCUGCCAGGCUGGACUAUAGGAGUUUGGAGAUAUUUUCAGCAUCUUUCACAUCUACAUACAGAGAAUAAAGUUAAUAACUAUUUGAUUGAAUAACUACGUCAUUCGAUCAUGGAAACUCUGUCCCAGGAUUCUCUUUUAGAAUGCCAAAUUUGUUUUAAUUACUAUAGUCCUCGAAGAAGACCUAAACUGCUUGACUGCAAACAUACCUGCUGUUCAGUAUGUCUACAGCAAAUGAGGGCUAGCCAGAAAGACCUUAGAUGCCCUUGGUGCCGAGGCGUGACAAGGCUACCCCCUGGAUAUUCUGUUUCACAAUUGCCAGAUGACCCAGAUGUUGUUGCGGUUAUUGCAAUCCCUCACACCUCAGAAAACACUCCAGUUUUUAUCAAAUUGCCAAGCAACGGAUGUUACAUGUGGCCUCUUCCAGUCACCAAAGAAAGAGCUUUAUUGCCUGGUGAUAUAGGCUGCAGAUUACUACCGGGAAGUCAGCAUAAACCAGUCACUGUGGUGACUGUGCCUAUGGAACAACAACCACUCCAAGGCGCAAUGACACAGGAUAUUGGAGAGGAGGAACAUGAGAGAAGAGGAGUUGUUAAGAGUUCUACGUGGUCUGGAGUUUGCACUGUCAUAUUAGUUGCAUGUGUUUUGGUCUUCCUUCUUGGAAUUGUCCUUCAUAAUAUGUCUUGCAUUUCAAAGCGAUUCACUGUGAUUUCAUGUGGCUGAAAUGGAUCCUGUGGAUUUUCUUUGUAUAUGUUUGGCAAAAUAUAGAAGCAAAUGUACACAGCAGCCUUGUAAACAUAAGAAAUAUCAACUGCCAAAGGGUGGGAACUUGACAGCUUCCUUUCAUUUGGAAGAUCUAAGAGAGUAAGAGAGUGCUGUGUGAACACCCUCCUACAGUGCGGUUAGAACUAAUGAAGAUUGCAUGCAGUCAUCAUUCCUUCACAGGACUUGUGUGGCACAUUUGACUAUAGGAUAGUAAGAUGACUUAACGUUAGCUCAUUGUGCUAUGGCCAUGUUCAACAGACUGUGACCAAGAAUUGUUUUCCUGAUGAAGAAACAUUUAAAAUGAACAUAAACAGGAAUCGGAGAAGCUUUUUUUUUUUUUAGUAGAGUAAAAUUGUAUAAUUGUUUUUCCCCAAGUCAUCAGAUAUGUCAAAAUAUGUUAGUUCUUAAGCAUUUCAUUAACCUGUACUUGCAUACAUCUCAGGUCUUAGACUUACAUGGCUCUCGUGUGAGCAUGGCGUUUUUCUUAUUCUUUCUUUAAACUGAUUGUCUCAUAUCCUAUCAAUAUGUUUAAUUUUUCAGGUGCCUACAAAGCAGGUGAGGUGGAAUGUUCUUUAUCAUUAAGUGCAAAGUUUAGUUUUGCAGGCCUAUGUUACAGAAUUGUAUCAUGGUGAUGCACGUGAAAUAACAUGGAUGCAAAAAUUUUCAUCACCUUGCAAUAAAUAAGCACUGUUACCAGUACUGGUGCAUCAGAGUAAUAUGUACAAAAAGAAACAAGAGGAGUAAGUGGUUAAAUGUAUGUAUCAGUUGUAGUUUCCUUCCUCCAGUUACCAAAUUCUUCUUCCUCAAAGCGCCAUCUGCAGUGUUUUCUCCUGAGGUAUGUCGUGGCACAUCCUUAGACCAGCAAUGUGUAUGUGACACAACUACAGAUGCUAUGGUUUGUAUAUUUUAACUUGCCCUUUUUUAAUAGAAGUCUGAGAAGAUGUUAAAUAGGCUCCAAGUCAUGUACUGUAUGGAACUUGUUCAAGAGAGAUACAGAAUAGUCUGCAUUUAUGGGGGGGGGGGGGGGGGGGG